CCUUGUGUGGAGUGUCGUCUGCUAACGAUUCCAGAACAUGAAUGAGAUGCCACGGGGGAGGUUCCCUUUGCUGCAGAAUCGUAUAUAAUCGAUAGCGAACUUUAAAUAAAGAGUGAAGCAUAAGAAAAUAGUCGGCAUUGAGAUAUCGGAAAGGCAAUUGGAAAUAUUCCUUAAAUAGACUGUUAUUCCACCCCUCACAUUAGUUAUAAUUACUAUAAAGUAUGGAUGCUUUAAUAGGAAAAUGGCAGCAAGUCGGAAGUGUUGAAAAUAUAGAUGGUCUUCUAGAUGCCGCAGAUGCCCCUCAGGAAAUACGCCACGUGGCCAAAAAUAUAAAAGGUGACGUUGAAUACUCAAAAAACGGCGACGCAUGGCAUUUUUGUGCACAGUUUGGGACAUUUAAAUCUGACAAAGAUUUCAAACUUAAUGAGGAAUUUGACCAUAUGGGAGUUGGAGGUAUCCCUGUUAAGUCCACUGUCCGAUUUGAAGAUGGUAGGUUCGUCGAGUCUCACGUUGCAGCCAGCAAGGGAUGGGUUGCAAAACACACUAAAACAAUAACAGGCGAUACAAUGACGAUAGAGAUGGAACUGAAGGGGGUUAAAGCAGUGCAGCACAUGAAGCGAGUUUAAGUCUAAGCUACAUUAACGAUAAGCGUCGCUCGAAUAGAAUCGUAUGUUUGAAUAAACGAUGAACGUACUUGUGAAUGAUGUUUGAACGAACGAUGAACGUACUUGUGAAUGAAAACCCUUUGAAUGAUAUUCUAUAUUUCUUUUUCAUUUUGCCAUAGCACAGACCUUGUGAUUGCAUCAGAAACCCGAACGUGAAACGCAUUCGUAGCACCUUGUAACAGUAAAAUCCAAAUUAUAACCUGUACGUGAAACACAGUGAGCUAAAUUUGAAUUGCGUAUCUGUUAUAUUAUUGAAUUUGGUUUGAUUGGUGGAUAAUUGAUGUGUGUAGAGCAUCACAGAUAGGCUUUUACAUGAGAAAUCAAUACAACUAACUCGGGGAUUUCU